AUGUUCACUACUCUUUUGAUAUUUUGUUUGCUUUUCUUGAAAACGAGUAAUGUUUAUUGUGCUCUUCUUGACAAUGGGGUUAAGAAUGUUGCUGUGAGAGGACGAGUAACCUGCAAUGGAUUGCCGCUCAAAAAUGUUCAAGUUUUGUUGAGUGACCAAGAACAAAUUGAUGAAGCCAAAACUGACUGGAAUGGAUAUUUUCAACUAACGAGUAAAACCAGCAAAACUGCUCCAAAUGUGAUGUUCUAUCAUAGUUGCAAUAAUGGAAAAUCAAGAUGUCAGCGAAGAUUUACAAAAAACAUCCCUGUAAGCACUGGAUCGAUCACUCCGAUAAACUAUGAUUUUGGAAUGAUUGAAUUAUCAGCAAAAAGACCAGAUGAGAUAAACGAUUGCUCAAGAAGAAAACGAAAA